AUGGUCAAGUUGGACAGUCGGACUCACUCCCCAUGGAGAUUGUCUUUCGUAAUAGAUUUCAUCUGGGGAAUAGCAGAAUCCGUGGGUGGUUUGUUUGUUUGUUUGUUUGUUUGUUUGUUUUUUGGUUGUUUGCUUUUUCACAAAACUCGGCUUCGGCAAGAUGUAAAGAAAAGAAGAGGCUCUGGGAGCUCCUCUGAUUCCAGAUACAAUGGUGGAAGAGGGCCGCCAGGAAACCCACUGUCGAGAAUGGGUCAGAUCAGUCACCUUCAUGGCCCCAGCCCUCCUCCUAUGGCUGGUGGAUGA